ACGAUUCCGGUGUGACUCGCGCUCGCGAUUCCGUAUUAACGCGGCUAGUUUCCCCAGCCGAGAGGAUUGGGACUCAGUGCACCCCCGUGCCUUAACACAGUGACCAGUGUAUGCCUUGAACGCGACGCAAAAAGAAUGGACAUCCUGCUGAGAGACAUGAACGCGCCGUGGCGAUGACAAGCCUGAUCUUGGAGAACGCCGACUUGAACCGACUCUUUCCGAAAUGCCGGCCUAGGGGCGGCCCACCCCCGGCCCCGGGGGCCUCCACGCAGAGCAGCCAGCCGCAUGACAGCCCUUGCCAGACGGAGGCCACCGCUAUCGCCACCGCCGCCGCCAUCGCCGCGACCACCAGCACGACAACAGCCGUCAUCAUCGCCUCUACGAACACGUCGACGAGCGUCCCCGCGUUAUCCGACGACAUGAUCGACCUCGAGCGCGACACCUCCGACAGGCAAGUUAAACCGAUUUUCGGUUCGCUGUCCCGUAGGACGGCGAGCGUGGUGCCCGGUUUUACGGUCGAGGGCCAAUUGCCGAUCGCCACGAAGCCGCUCUCGUCGAGCUCGUCUUCGGCGUCGGGACGCAGCGAGGACGCGCCGCAAUAUGGCAGCCUGCCCGGCAGCGAUCACCAGGGUCAGUCGCAGCAGGACGACAGCGGGCCCGAGGAGAACCCCGUGUACAUUCUGACCUCGGCCAAAGGUGGUCCCAGCUACAAGCUUCGGGACUCGAGAAUCAUAGAAAUCGCCGGCGGACGAGAGGUGUUCUCGCAGAGCCGAGGGAAGGUGGCCGCUAGGAAAUCACGCUUUCUGGCCGCGUCGAAUUCCAUAAAUAACGAGGAUAUUCAAACUGAUAAUAAGCUGUCCGUCAAGAAGAACAACAAGUCCCCCAACACACAGACCAUAUGGGAGUUACGGAGCCGAUGCGGCGAGACUAGGAAGCAGCGCGCGAAUCGAGAAGUGACGGAGACCGUGUUCGCCUCCGAGGUGCACUCGGUGCGGCGCAACCCCACGAAACUGAUCCUCGAUUACGACUCACCGAAGAGCAACCGUAGCAAUCGCAUAAUUAAUUACGAUACAAUCUUAAAUAGCAAUAAUGUAGAGUACACCAUACCGAAAAGUAUUACCGACCUGGACUAUGGAUUACCAAAGAGCUGCGUAGAUUAUCAGUCGAAUCACAACACGCCCGCGAGAAGUAUGGCCAUCGUCAGCGACGGCGAGGUCGUUGUCUUCGACGAUAUCGACGACAACUGGCAGGGGUUGCGAUUGGACCUGGCGUCGAGCAACACGAACCAAAUCACGACGACCGGUCUGGACUUGGAAACGGACGAGAGAGGUCGGAUCGCGCCGGAACCACCGAGCUCGAGCGUCGGCAGUACUCCCAGUCCGACGACGGCGUAUCAUCGCAACACUUCGGAGUUUUUCAAAGUUGUCACGCCGGCGAGCGAUUGCGAGGCGGAUUCCCCUUCUCCGGAGCGCAAUCACAAAGUCGCGCGUGUCAUCGGCGAAUUGCCGAUCGCCCAGUAUUCCGGCAGUCCGAGGCGUUAUGGCGUUCGCGAAAAUCCACAGCUUCCCAGCUUAUUAUCGUCGCCCUCUAUGUACAUGACACCGAGGCCUGGUUUCCCGCAGAGAGUGCUGCCGACGACGCCCAAUCACAAUGAGAAGGAGGACACUUCCGCAGAAAUUGUUGUAGACAAGACUGUGAUAGAAAAUACCAGCGUUGAGGAUCAGUCUGUGAAUCCAUCGCCGCCGUCACCGAAGGUCGAGGAGGAAGAGGAGGACUCUUUGAAGCCGUCGACGUUACCCGCCGAUAACAUAAGCAGUCUUGUCUCGCCGGGAGGUAGCACCUUCGACUACCUGUACGAAUUCUCGGAAACACGGAAGGUAUUGGAGGAGUUCUUCAAGUGUCCGGCGCCGACGAAAGAGAAGGAGAACAACAUAGAGUCCUUUCCUUUCCAGGAUCUUGAUUAUGAGCUGCGAAGGCAGGGAGGAAGUGCAUACGUCGGUCAACGAUUAGCCAGUGGCCCACCGACAACAGAAGAGGUUAUGGUACACGAGUCUCCCAAAAAACAACGGGCAGAAUUCCCGCAAAAUACCGGUGAGCACGAGAACAAUUUCCUCGACCUCUCGGUGGGCACCGGCAGCAGCGAGGACCUCGGGGAGACCGAGGUCGGCUUGCAAGUGGGCCACUCGCGUAAUUUCACGCUGAGCCCCGAGACGACCGAUUGCGACAGUAAUUGCGGGGACUUGGACAGUGAAGUGUCCCUCAUGAUGAUGGAUAAUGAAUUGAUGCCGGCGAGUGGUCUCUUGGGCUCGGUCGGCGAUUUGGGGAAUAAUUCGGAUUCCCUGAGAAUAUACACCAGCAUGCCGGUGCUGGAGGACGGGCUGUCGAGUGGGCACGCGAGCGACACGGACAACAACAAUCCCACGGUGAUGCUGAUGAAGCGGCAGAUCAACGAGAUCGAGAAGGAGAUCAUACAGAGAACGCGUAACGACAUGCUGGGCACGGAGAACGACUCCGGCAAGGACUCCGUCAGUCUGAACGUAACGAAGGACAUUCUGCACACGCUUAAGACCACGUCCCCCGACAUGUUCGUCGCGAAGAAGGAGAAUUCCUACGACGCGAACGAGCUGCAGCUCGACGGACUGGAUCCGCUGGGCACACCCCCGCCGCCGGCGCCUCAAGGACGGCAGAGUGUAAGUUUAGAAAUCGGCGGGGAGGUGGAGGCGGCCAUCAAGGAUAUUAGAAUGGCGCUGCAAAGAACUAAAACUCUGCCUGUGAAAUCCCCAUCCGAGGAGCCGCCGGAACCGAGCGUCAGUCCGAUCUGGAUACCGAGGCGGAGAGUUUGUAUGGAGAGCAACAGCGAAGAAUCGGAAGCGCGCCGGGUGGGCGACGAGGCCGACGUGGAGAUCGAGGAGUGCCCGGACGAGGAGGAAGCGGACACCGACCUCGAGACGGAUCGAUUGCUCGGCCAGCAGAGGACGGACGAUCAGGGAUUCUAUGACGACAAGGGGUGGAGGAAGCCUAAAACUAGGACAAUGUUACCACCAAUGAAUGCGAAAGUCGCUACUCCAAAGCAAACCCCUCCCAAAACCCUGAGUGUUGCCCCGAUAGAGACGCUAGCGCCUUCCGAGCCCCUGCCCUCGACGUCUACCUCGAUCUCUCCUCCUCCCGUAGUGUCUGUUAUACAAUCGCCGUCUUCUGAGUGCGAAGUAGCCACUCCCGCGCAACCUACAUCGAGUCCGCAGAAGACCCCAGUCAAAAAUUCCCCCACAUCCCCUCAGAGUCUCAAGGAAUCCAACAACAAGGAGAAGGAGGGGAAGAAGAAGAGCAGAAACAAAGAAGACCUACUGGACGAUCCCUCAGUGUUGAUCGAGGGCGUGCUGUUCCGCGCGAGAUACUUGGGAUCCACGCAACUGGUAUGCGAGGGUCAGCCGACGAAGUCGACGCGAAUGUGCCAGGCGGAGGAAGCCGUCUCCAGGAUAAAGGACGGGCCAGUGCCGAUGCAGGCAACGCUCUUAAACUAUGGGGGGCAGCAUGGGUAUGGUCGCUGCAGCAUUGCCUCGCAAGGAAGCCUAGAGGAGGACGAGUGCGACUCGAGCGAAGAACUAAUAGGGAGCGCUUCUGGUGGGGGCCAGUCCGAGUCGCUUGGGGCCCAGCCGAAACUGGCCCCGAUCAGUGGCUGCUUGGGGCCCACCACCGUUUUCAGACUACAGUUUCUCGGGUCGGUGGAGGUGGAAGAGGAAGGGGGACGUAAACGGCGUAAGCGCCUUAAGAACCACAUGGUGGAGGAGGCAGUGACGAAAAUAAAGGCACCGGACGGUGACACUCAGCCGAGCACGGAGGUGGACCUGUUCAUCUCGACGGAAAAGAUCAUGGUGCUCAACACCGAUCUGAAGGAGAUCAUGAUGGAUCACGCUCUGCGCACGAUCUCGUACAUAGCGGAUAUCGGCGACCUGGUGGUGCUGAUGGCGCGGCGGCGCUUCGUGCCGCACGAGAUGGAGGAGGUCCCGAAAAUUAACAGAACUCCGAAGAUGAUUUGCCACGUUUUCGAGAGUGAGGAGGCUCAAUUCAUAGCACAAAGUAUCGGGCAAGCAUUCCAAGUAGCUUACAUGGAGUUCCUAAAGGCAAACGGGAUAGAAGACCAUAGUUUCGUUAAGGAGAUGGACUACCAGGAGGUGCUCAAUUCGCAGGAGAUAUUCGGCGACGAGCUGCAGAUGUUCGCGAAGAAAGAGAUGCAGAAAGAGGUAGUGGUACCGAAAGCGAAGGGUGAGAUUCUCGGGGUCGUGAUCGUUGAGUCUGGAUGGGGCUCGAUGCUGCCAACCGUAGUCAUAGCGAAUCUGGCGCCGGCCGGCGCCGCCGCACGUUGCGGACAGCUUAACAUUGGCGAUCAGAUAAUAGCGAUUAAUGGUGUCUCAUUAGUCGGCCUGCCUUUGUCCACGUGUCAGACUUAUAUAAAGAAUUCGAAGAAUCAAACGGUCGUCAAGCUGACUGUCGUGCCGUGCGCACCCGUUGUUGAAGUGAAAAUCAAGAGACCCGAUACCAAGUAUCAGUUAGGAUUUAGUGUACAGAACGGAGUGAUAUGUAGUCUAUUGAGAGGCGGUAUCGCCGAACGGGGCGGCGUGCGGGUGGGACAUAGGAUAAUUGAAAUCAAUAAUCAGAGUGUUGUUGCUGUACCGCACGAAAAGAUUGUUAAUCUUCUGGCCACAUCGGUGGGAGAGAUUUUGAUGAAAACGAUGCCCACGUCGAUGUUUAGGCUGUUAACCGGCCAGGAGUCUCCGGUGUACAUAUAAAAGCGUUCAGUUGCCUGGCUGAUGCGUAGUGAACAGACAAUACAUCCGCCAUCCACUACCAUAUUAUCCGCUAUCUUUACUGUACAGGUUAUUCAAUGCAAAAAGUCGCUUUGUGUUUCGAUUCUUAUGGAAGACAAUUCGUACGUUCACCAGCUCCUGCUUAGUAAACGAGACUACGUAAAAUAGGUACGUCGCAGAAACGUUACUAAAUAUUUACUCAAGCAUAAUUUAUAUAAUUAUUGAUUACUGUAAGAGAUCUAUAUAUAUAAAUAUAUAUAAAUACAUAUAUAUGUGUAUAUAUAUGUCCGUAUAUAUAUAUAUAUAUAUGUGUGUGUAUAUAUAUACACAUAGUAUCAACUAAUGAGAUUCUCUAUAACACGGACAUAAAUUUUCCAAAUUUAGCGAGCGCCUUUUUCCUCCCCUUCCCCCAACGUAUAUCCCACAUACGUAAACACACGCGACGUUUGAUCUCUCUAUAUAUCUCUCUCGUUGCCAAAUCGUGCGAAGCACCCACGAUCGUUGUUAACCACCGCGAAUUUGGUCUUGCGUUGUGGGCCCGUUCGUAAUCAUGCCGAUCGAGCGAGAGGCAGAGAUACACUCUCGCUCGCGACAGCCAGUAAACCGGAUGUUACAGAGAAUCACAUUAUACUCGCGCCAAGGAAGAUGAUAGGCGAUGCAGGUGAUGCAGUUGCACAUGAUUAUAAAUAGCACAAAAGCUCUUUACCAACGGCUGGAGCGGCAGGGGGCUGAACUGUAUAUUACAUAGUUAAUGACGUAGUAAUAUUUAUAAAAAAAAAAAGGAAAAAAAAGAGAGAGAGAGAGAGAAGAGGAUCUCCUUCUAUCGUGGGGGGACACUUUAAGCUAAAAGCGUUUAUUUAAUCUUUUUUAUCUUUAAGGCCGACGAAUGCGUGCUCGCGGCGCGCGCGCGGUGCCGGUGGAUGUAUUAAUUUGUACUAAAAUUACUAUCUAACGUAGAGAGAGAACUUCGGAGCGCGUGAGGUCUCGUGAUAAAUGCCGUAGUAAUUAUAUAGAAGAGCGCGCGGUCACAAUGUUCUAUAAUGCGAGAGAUAGACAGAGGAAGGAAGAAAGAAGGAAGGGAAACGUUUUUUUUUUUUUUUUCUUCAAACGAGUAGAUAAAUUCCUUUUGCGAUAAUAUAGAUAUAUAUAUAUAUAUAUAUAUAUAUGUAUAUGCAUUCAGAGAUGACUCAUGUGGCGGGAUUUCCGUCCGAUAAUCCCGCGUGUUUAUCGAGACGGAAAUGCCACUGAGCAGAUCUUGUAUGCCUACAUACCGCUUGAUCGAGGCUGUUCUAUGACGUAUUGAUACUCGGCUGUAUAACGGAAACGAAGCUAGUACGUAGCGCACCGCCAUGAUAUUCCUCCAAGCGACGCUUCUCAAGGUCCCUACGCGACACGCUUACCAACAAGCUGCCUUUCGUGAGGAGCACGAAGAGGAGGUGUGAGAGUGUAAGAAGAGACGUCGUCUCUCGUGCUUGAUCCGUCUCAAAGAUUCGAGGCGAUUCUCCGACCUCCCUCGCUCCUCACGAACGGCGGUCGACCACUCUCCUGUUCUCGACGAGUUCUCGUCGAUCAUUCGUUUGCUCUCGGUCACACGUUGAUGAAUGUUGAGAAAUGGCUGUGUAUCUGAAAGAUCCUAGACUUCGUAGAUGUAAGGUCGCAUUCGCGGCCACAGAUAUUCUAAACGCAUGUCUUAGACUACACGUUCUCCUUUUGAUAUUUUAGAAGGGAAAAAAGAAAAGCCUGGCCGCACCAUCCUCGCUUGCUUCAGCGAAAAAUUCCACGUGCGCGUAGAAUAUCGUACGAGAGAGAGAGAGAGAGAGAGAGAGAGAGAGAGAGAAAGAGAAAGAGAGAGAGAGAGAGAGAGAGAGAGAGAGAGGUGACGCUUGAAAUUCGAAAUUCUCAGCGUGAGCCGUUCAAAACUCAGCCGCUUUAACGAGCCGAAUCGUGCCGGCGAGUCUCUUCUACUCAUCGUUCACCCAACGAGUUAGCGAAUGGCGAAUUAGCCGAACCGGCUGAAAAGAACAGACCAGAAACAUUAGCAGUCGGCGGCUCUUGGAAGGCAGAUUCGUUCGGACGAGCUCUGAAUCCAGCGAUGGGAUAAUUAUUGCCGUGUAAUUUCAUUCAGACGCGAUCAAGUGCUCUCGAAACGACGGAUCUUGCUCGAUUUUCGCCGCUGUUCUGCCGUCACUACUACGCAAUCCGUUCCCGAUACGCCACCGACCAAAUUUGCAGCAAAUACUUCGCGAAACCCGUCUCUUCGGACGGUGAACGCUCGCUCUCUCUCUCUCUCUCUCUCUCUCUCUCGUCUCUCUCUUGAAAUCUUCCCAGAGGCCACUGCGAAGCGGUGCCCGUCUCGGUUCGGCAAAUAGUAGUACCACCCUCGAGCGAUCCCGCUUAGCCCCGUCUGCUUUCGCGAGAAUUCUCCGCGGGAAAUCGGCGAAAUCGAGAGAAGAGAGCGGUGUGAAGUCCUCGAUCAGCGGGACUCUCGAUCUUGCCAGGUGAAGUCCCGCUCGAUUCGCCCGUUUCUCGCGGGUGCACUUGUAGGAGAGCCUUCGCAAAUUCGUCGGAGUAGCUUUAGCGACUAUUGAGAAGGGCUUGUAGAAAGGCUUGUAGAUGCUUGUCUAAUCUCUAUCGGCUCGCUAAGUCUUCACUCUCACCGUGUAUGAUGUGAAAUAUGUAAAUUGUACUCGACGCGAUGUGGCUUCGCUGCAUAGGCAUGCAAAGUGACAGAUCUAGCCGCUCCCGACUUGUAACCCCCGUCAGUGGAAAGAAAAAUACCUUCGAAAAUACACAGACUGACUCGCCUCCACGUGUAACGGAAGAAUAAGAUAAAUUACUCAUUUCAGGAAUCGCGUAACGUCACGAGAAUCGUAACGCUAGAGAGAAAUAAAAAAAAACAGAGAGAGAGCGAAAGAAAAGGGAAAAGGAACGUCCUCUUCUAUAUAAGUACUAUAUGCCAUAAUAAUCUAAGUUUUAUCUAUUUUUGCUGAAGAUUUCUCACCUUCGAGCUAUUCUGCUUCAAAUAUCAAGAAGUGUGCGAUGAUACAAAUUUCGAGAUUCCUGAUGUCUGAUAAAAUUUCAAUGCCAAAGUACAUUAAGUAAUAAGGCGUAAGGACGGGAAGGACGGGUGGGGGGUAUGCAUAGUUUUUUCCGACGACUGGAAAGUUACACACAGAUUCUGUCUGGGAACGUGCGAAAAAAAGGAAGAGGCGGAGGAGAAAGAAACGAGAAUAUGCGGCGUAUUAUUCUGAUUUGCGAGAAAUUUGAGCUUGCGUUGUCUUCGCUUCUGGUAACGUUCAGACGCAUAAGUGUAAUAGGAUUUAUAUGUGUUCAUACAGUGUCAUAAUAUAUAUCGUAUAAAGCAAAAGAGAAACGAGAAGAAACACGAGAAAUAACUCAGACUUGUUUCGACGAGCCGCUGAUUUCGAGCUGUGAGGUCGAAUCGCGAAGCCGGUGUUCGAUCUCGCGCAGGUAUGGAAGGCGCGAAAACGAACACCUUCCCGUCGUGUCGACGCGACAGACAUGAGUUUCCAGAGUUCAAGCCAUUUGUUUUUUCUUUCCGGUCGCCAAUAUCCUCGGAGGGGAUCUCUGAUUUGCCAUAUAGAUAGACGCGACAUUUCGUACGGAACGAUUCUCGGGAAGGGCGGGGAGGGUAACCAGAGAGAGUGCGUGUGUGUAUAUACAAAUUUCUCAUUGUCUAUAUAAUUACUCGGUUAAUGUAAGAGCGUGCAAAGGAGGGCCCGGAAAUCGAUCUUUCGCACGACGAAGAGGAGAAGGAGAGCCCCGUGGAGGAUGGUUACGUGGGAAAUGUCCCGGGAGACAGAGAGAGAUAUAUAUGUACAUGUACAAUGUAUCUACGAUAAUUCUAUUACUUCUUCGCUGAAGGGAGAGAGAAAGAAAGAGAUAUAGCGAAGCAGCAUAUUACGAUAUUGCAUAUCAUGGGGGGAGAGAAACCGGAUAUAUCAUCGUGGUGGGCGACUACUUCGUUCUUUACGGACAAAAAAAUUGUAAUCUAAGCGAAUACGCGCAAGAAAGUAUUAUCCUUCGCUGGAGGUCACACACAUACACACCAGGAUCUAAGGAGUUAAAUCACGGAUCACAUACGUUAUAGGACAAUGAAUUUUGGCAUAGAAAUUUUAACCAUAUAUUCGGCGAGCAACAAGAGCGGUAUGAAAUAUAAUAUAUGGGAUCAAACAAGAUGUUAUAUAUUGGGUGGCUGAAACUUAUCUAGUCAUUACGCUAAGAAUAUAAGACGACCGUGUAUUUAUAUAUACAUACUUACGUGUAUAUGUAUAUAUAAAUAUAUAAGAAAAUAUAAAUAAAAAGUAUAUAUAUAUAUAUAUAUAUAUAUAUAUACAAAAGUAAGUUAAUACUCUCAGCCAUCGCAAGCCACCCUGACUGAAUGUGUCUAGCCACAUUUUAAAUGAUAACAUCUGCAACUUGUACUGUCAAUCUGGCCUUGCGUGGUCAUUAUUUCAUUAUAUAUGUGUUCGUUCAAAGCGAAGCGCAAUAGCAUUGUUAAGCCGCCAUUUAUUACGCAUCAUUCAUUGUCCCGAAUGAUUUUAAGUAGACUUCUCGUUUCGAACAAUUCAUAGAAACAAAAUGAAACGGUUACUGAAGUAAGUGGCUUAUCAAGAUAAUUAUGAGUAUAUAUCAAUUAAUAAAUGCACAUUAGAUCCGUUCUUUUUUUUCUUUCCACGAAUUAACUGUUCCGAUAUUCCAUCGAUAUUCUCUCUUCGUGCAAAUCUUUUUAAUUCGCUUUUCUAGUUUUUCUACGAUUAUUAUGUAAUGAAUAAGUUAUGCCAAUUGACGCGAGGAGGAGGAGAAGCGAGGAGAUUUCUCGUUUCGUUUGAAUCUAAAUGUGCACGCGAUUAAGCCGAGGAACUUUCGUCGAUUAAUUACUUCGGAACGUUGUAAGAUACUUGUAUCACGCUCACUCUUCGACAAAGGCAAUACUGAUUAUGCCUGAUUUGUAGAAUAUAUUUGGUUAAUAACGAGGUAUAUAUAUAUAUAUACACUUUACAUUGUUAAGCCUUAUGGAAAUAUGAGGAAUGAUGAUCGUGCAAAGUCAGUAUGAAUGAUAGACUCAAAAUUGCAGUCAGAGUCGUUAAUGAAAUAAUCGAGACCCAACCAUACGGACAUUUACAUACACGCGUGCGCGUACGCAUACACACACACACACACAGAUACAAUACCCUACACAUUCAUAAAAAAUAAAAUUAAUUAUAUCUUACACAUAUAUAGAGCUUGCGCUGUAGCUUCACCAGUCAUGAGACAUGCUACAAGAUAUCAUGACUGUCUUUAUCAAUGUUUGUGAGUGUAUAAUAAGUUAUAAAUUAUAAGUGAGCUAUUGAAUGUGUAUAUGGUAUAUGCUAGUCCAUAUUAAGAUACAAUAAAAUGUAAUUUUGAAUUCAAACGCAGUUUUGUCUUCUUCCACGACGGCGAGGGCGCGCGCAACGUUCACGUUCCAGAGAUACGGCUCUUUUCCCUCUUUCGCUUUUUUUUUUUUUUUUUUCAAAAGACUUCGUUUCCUCAAUACGUGUUUCGCGUGACAUGCGAAGCGAAGUGAAGUAUACAUGUAUACGUCGCAUGGCGCCGAUAUAAAAGCGGACUAAAAUUAUCCGGACUAUUAAUAACGAGCGAAAUGAGAAUAAAAGCGCCGACAAGUUUUUCUUGGAAAAUUUCCUAGCUUUGUUGUUCUUUUUAGUACCGAACCAGUCAAUGUUAACAAGGACGUCGCAGUUCGUUUUCAUUUUUUUCUCUUCGAAAAACAAUGGAACGGAAAUGCGAUCAAGUAUCGAUAAAACCCGCGUGUAUGCUACAUCGCGCGUCACGGAAAUCGAUAUCGGUUAUUUUUUUAAUUAGUAUUUUAUCGGUACCAGUUACUGGCUCUAGCAAUCUAUUUCGUGGACUCGGCGACGCGUUAGGUGAAAUUUUAUUUAUUUUAAAUCGAUAACACACGUCGAUAUCGUUCCUGUAAAAAUCCUCCGAUAUGAACAUGGCUAAGGCGGACAUAGGUAGGAGAAGAAAAUAACGUGCACUUGAGGAUGAACUCUCAUUUGAAACGUGAUUUUUAGAAAUUUCUUUUGAAAAGCUAAGUUAUACAAUUCUGAAGUUUUGCAUAAAUAUAUUUAUCUAUGUUUUAACUAUAUACAUAGAACAGAAUACUCAUUAUUAUCUUCAAUAUUAAUUAAUCUGUCAAUAUUAAUAAAGUUUUAAACAAUUUUGUAUAGCGUUGAAAGUUUUGUUUGCACGGUUGACACGAUUCCAGAUGACCCGCAUGUAGCACAGUGACGUCAAAGGGCGUCAUAUCGACGUUAGAGAUGUCAUAUUGCCGUCAAUAUAACGUCCUCUGACGUCAAUCUGCUAACCGGUUAUAGGCUUCUGAAAUCAAAACGGCGAAAAAAUGAUUAAACCAUAAACUUUUGUCUGUCAUCCUUACCACAAUGGAGAAUAAAAACUGAUUUCUGAUAAAAUGCCACAACUUGAGAGAAAAAUCGACUUUUGGCCGGUUUUUUUCAGCUUUGGGAGCCCUCAAAAAAUCCAAAUAUUAGAAAAUAUUGAUUUCAUCGUAGUAGGGACGAUAGUUACAAGUUUACAGUUUAAUAAUUUUUUGCCGUUUUGGUGUCAAAAGCCCACAACGUCCGGGAUCGUGUCAAUCAACAUUUCGCGUUCAGCGCUAACAAAAUUAUUUAUAACUUUAUUAAUAUUGAAUAUAUUAAACUGCGUAGAAAUUACUGGAUAUAGUUAAUGCAUAGAUAAAUAUUCAUGCAGAACUUCAGAAGUGCGUAUAGCCUUCUCAGAAGAAAUCUCCAACCAUCACCUAUCAAAUUUAACACUCCAAAUAUUUCCUUAACCAGCGAUACCUAAUGUAACGUUCAUCAUUUGGCAUUUAACUCUUUCGAAGUCUUAAAUAAUUAUUAUCAGAACAGAAUUCAUGCGCGCU